CACACAUCUUGAAUAACUGCACAUACAUGUUUAUGAGAAUUGAUGCUGUUUAAAAGGCAAAGGUUGGUCACAGCAAAUAUAGAUUUGUUUUGUUUUUUGUUGUUGUUUACUGCACUUUGUAUGUAAAGUCAGUGGAUGCAGUGGAUGAAUAAAAAUGUAUUCAUGGCAUCAUUUUGUAUCCCCCAAAAUAGUUGUGGUUCUCUGAAGUCCUUAAAGGAUGUCACCGGGUGUCACGGUCAGCGAUCCAUUUGUCGAGGGGAUAAAUAUUAGUUUAGAUAUAAGAUUAAGGUUAAAGAAAUGUUUGAGAUACUGUGUAAGCAGUAUGCAGAUAUAGUCUACACCCCCUUUCUAUAGAAAUCAGCUGUCUGAUGAUUUGCGUUUGUUGCGUAGUGUAGUAAAUUAUAGUUAUUUAUGGCACACUACUUUGAUAUACCUGUUUGGUGAGUUCAACUGAAAAGAAACAGCUGACAAAAGAGAAGGCAUAUGCAAGAGUUAGUGCAGAUGCAUGUUGCUUCUUGCUGUCAAGUUCUCUCGUUGGACAGGGAAGUGAUGCUACGCUGGGUCUUGCUCGCUUUGCUCUUUGGCGUCUGUGCCAGUGGCGGGGAGCAGAAAAAUAAGAAAGUGAAGCCUCAGUCCCUGUCGAGAGGAUGGGGGGAUGAUAUAAGCUGGGUCAAAACUUACGAAGAGGGCCUGUCAGAGAUGGUCACCAGCAACAAGCCUCUGAUGGUCAUCCAUCACCUAGACGAAUGCCCAUUCAGUCAAGCACUGAAGAAGGCGUUCGUCGCCAAAAAGCCCAUCCAGAAAAUGGCCAAAGAGGAUUUCAUCAUGGUCAACUUGGUGGAGGAGACUGAGGACCCGAAUAUGGCACCCGAUGGCCAUUAUGUUCCUAGAAUCCUCUUUAUUGAUCCGUCCAUGACUGUGCGCAGAGACAUUGCAGGGAAGUACAAUAACCGCCUCUACACUUACCAGCCAGAGGACAUGGAUUUAUUGGCCAAAAAUAUGAAAAAGGCCAAACGCCUGCUGCUGCACACUGAACUCUGAGCCCGGCUCCGUCUGACACCUGAUGUCUCCGCGGCCUCCAGUCAUAUGCCACCUACAGGUGUACAUGAUGUUCACUGCUCAAUGAAACCAGAAUAAAUGUUCACAAAGUGAA